AUGGCGGAAAAAUAUUCCCCGUUUUCGCCCAAAUUCCCCCCAAAUUUCGUCGUUUCCCCCCAGUCCCCCCACGGCGUGACGGUGGCCGUCGACUCGCGCGCCACUGCCGGCUCCUACAUCGCCUCGCAGUCGGUGCUGAAGGUGCUGCCCAUCAACGCGCGGAUCCUGGGCACCAUGGCGGGCGGCGCCGCCGACUGCAGCUUCUGGCAGCGGCUGGUGGCGCGGCAGUGCCGCGUGCAGGAGCUGCGCAACAAGGAGCCCGUCUCGGUGGCCGCGGCUUCGAAGUUGCUAGCCAACCUGGUGUACCAGUACAAGGGCAUGGGGCUGAGCCUGGGCACCAUGGUGUGCGGAUGGGACAAGCGCGGGCCCGGUACGGGGCACUGGGGGCACUGGGAGGGACUGGGAGGGACUGGGAGGGGAGAAAGGGACUGGCCACACCCCGAAAGUUGGUAGCCACACACCAAAAAA